GUCCUUCGUCUCCUUCUGAAAAUCCACGUCGGUCCACGCCAACCCACCCCCGCCGAAUUCAUAGGAUUGAGGAGUCUCCCUGUGUGUUCGCAUUUUCGUUCUUUUAUUUAAAGAAAUUUUCUAGGGUCAUUGGCCCCCUGUGCACAAGAUGGCCGAUUUCCUGCUUUUCGAAAGCCCUGUGGGCUACGGUCUUUUCAAGGUCGCCCACCAGAGCGACACCGUUGGAAACAGUUUGAAGGAAGUUCAGGAGGGUGUGAAUGAUCUCGCAAAGUUUGGAAAGAUGGUCGAUUUGGCCAGUUUUGUGCCUUUUGAGAACAACAAGCAGGCCCUGAGCGAAAUCAACGAUGUUUCGGAAGGUGUCGCUUCGGACACUUUGAUCUCGUUCCUCGAGCUGAACCUUCCCAAGCCUAACAAGAAGAAGAAGGUUGUUCUGGGUGUCGCGGACAAGGCCUUGGCUGGUAGCAUCAAGUCUGCCUUCGACUUCGUGGACUGCGAAACCGGCGACACCAGUGAAGUCGUUCAGGAUAUGCUCCGCGGUACUAGGCUGCAUGCUUCUAAGUUGCUGAAGCAGCUCCGCGAAGGUGAUAUGAACACCGCCCAACUGGGUCUUGGUCACGCUUACUCGCGUGCUAAGGUCAAGUUCUCCGUCCAGCGUGACGACAAUCAUAUCAUCCAGGCCAUUGCUAUCCUGGACGGGCUUGACAAGGCGAUCAACACCUUUGCCAUGCGUGUGCGCGAGUGGUACUCCUGGCAUUUCCCUGAACUGGUCAAGAUUGUUUCGGAUAACCAGCGCUAUGCCCAGCUUGCCCUGUUCAUCCAGGACAAGAAUGAGCUGAACGACGAGAAACUGCACGACCUGGCUGCUCUGGUGGAGGACGAUGAGGGUGUUGCCCAGAGCAUCAUUGAUGCUGCCAAGCACAGCAUGGGUCAGGAGAUUUCCGAGACUGACAUGGAGAACGUCACCUCCUUCGCGCAACGAGUCGUCAGCCUUUCCCAGUACCGCAAGUCCCUGCACUCUUACCUAGUCUCUAAGAUGAAUGUCGUGGCGCCCAACCUUGCUGCCCUGCUCGGUGACAUCGUCGGUGCCCGUCUGAUCUCUCACGCCGGUAGCUUGACCAAUCUGUCCAAGUACCCCGCGUCUACUGUGCAGAUUCUCGGUGCCGAGAAGGCCCUUUUCCGUGCCCUGAAGACCAAGGGUAACACUCCCAAGUAUGGUCUUCUGUACCACUCGUCUUUCAUUGGAAGGGCUGGUCCCAAGAACAAGGGCCGCAUCUCGCGUUUCCUUGCGAACAAGUGCUCCAUCGCCUCCAGAAUUGACAACUUCUCCGAGGAGCCCUCGACCAAGUUCGGCGAGGCCUUGAAGAAGCAGGUUGAGGAGCGUCUUGACUUCUACGCCACUGGUGCUGCCCCCACCAAGAACGAGGUCGCCAUGAAAAAUGCCAUGGACUCGGUCCUUGCUGAUAUGGAAAUCGAUGCUGCCGGCAGUGAUGAGGAGAUGGAAGAUGCCGAUGCCAAGGCUGAAAAGAAGGAGAAGAAGGAGAAGAAGGAAAAGAAGGAGAAGAAGGAGAAGAGCGAGAAGAAGGAGAAGAAGGAGAAGAAGGAGAAGCGCAAGUCCGUCGGCGAUGGCGAAUCCGAGAAGAAGAAGCGGAAGCACGAUACCGACGCCGAGCCGUCCAAGAAGAAGAAGAAGGUAUAAACAUGCCAUGUCUUGGGACACGAGGGCGUCAUUGUCGCGGCGUUGUUGGGUUGAUUUUCUAUUGCCAUUUCUUUCUUGCUUUGUUCCAAUUUACGACCUAAUGGGCUGGGUAUUUGUAAAUUAUUUGAUUGAAGCCUAUGUCGUACUAAAAAGAUAGCUUUCCAAUUUGCUCUUUCAGA